CUUUUUGUUUAUUUGUUUCGUUUUGUAAAAGUGGGUCUAAAUUAAGUAAAAAUGUUGACAUCAACAGCCCUGAUUGUUUUAAUUGAGCCACAGUGUACAUAGAGAAACCAACAUACCAAAAUACCUUCAGGCCUUCUGAAGAACAGCUCGGAAAUACUAAUAUUUUCUUUUUUUUUUUUUUACAGAUUUUAACUUCAAGUUUCCUUAGUGUCCUGUGUUCAGACAUAAUUUAAUUUUGUUUUUUGUUUUUUUGGUUGGACUUUUAUUGGUUAAAAACAAUGUGACACUUCUCCUGUCAGGUGACACGCCCACAUCCCUCUGUGCUGAUCUGUAAUUGCCGAACCAUUCCCACCUGUGUGUUGACCUGGAUUAACCUGUUGUUUUGGUUGCUGUGUUUUUUGCCUCCUUAAAAAAAAAACUGUUAAAUUAAAUAUACCUGCAGUUACAUCCAUAUGAGAGCCAAUAAAUCAUCAGGAAGACAGAUAAAGAUAAGCAUAUGUCGUCGUUCUAGUUCUAUGAUAGCUUUUUGUCUGAUGUAAAUGUUAUAAUUCAUGUGAGUUAAAUGGACUGCACACACACGGAAAUAAUAGAGCCAUGACCGCAUAAUGGGGCCACUGUCAUAGGCACAUUUAUCUUUUUUUCAAGGAGAAAAAGGAUAUAAAAGAGCAAGAAAAAGAAGGAAAAGAUUAUAGAGUGUGGGUGAAAAGAUGAAUAAUAACAGUAGAAAACCAGAGGUCGGCACACUGUUGUGACAAAGACAAAGAGGUGUGGAACAUUUAUUUGAUUUAAAGUCUUUAAUUUGACCUCUAAAAAUGUACCAAGAGGAUGAACAAACUGUUCAGUUUAGUUCUGAACAGUCGUUUCAUCAUUCUCUCUCUCUGGAUUCCUGAGGAAUUUUAAAGAGCCACUUCCUUCUUUUAAGUCAACCCUCAGUUUUGUGAGAUAAAUUAAUCUUGAUAAUCAAUCACUUGAUUGAGUCUUUCUGUCUGCUUGUGGUUUCUCAUCACUAAAAGUGACUAAAAAAGAUCUGGUGUCUGCAUUGGUGGUUGAGAGAACUCAGGACAAUAGUGUAGGUGGAUGAGAGUUUAUGGUCGUCCCACCUGUUCUCUCCAACAACCCCCUUUUUCAGAUGUGAGAAGAAAUUCCAGAGAAGAAAUACCAGAAAUUUCAGAGACGUCCGUAAGACCUAAAGGAGUGUCUUGGAUGAGAAAUAAAACGUCUACAAACAAAAACCUGACAGUCCAGUUGCUCCUGAUGUGUUGACAUCUUACCACAACAAUUAAAGUUAUUAAGGUAAUCAGCAUCUAGUUCAGUCCCAUGAGAUUUCUAAAGACAUGGUGAAGUUGUGUCAUCUGUAGGGCAUUUGAAGCACCAUUGUUUGUUUAAUGUUAUUAUAUUAAACAAUUAAACUGUGGCAGGACAAACUAUGUCACGAUUUACCACAGUAUCUGGGCUUGGCAAACAUGUAAACAAAAUAAAUCAAUUUCAACGGACAAAUGUAUUUCAACCCAUUCAGUUCAAUUCAAAUCACUUGAAACAGAAAAAAUGGAAACAAUCCCACACAUCCUUGGGAAAGUCUCAGGUGUGGAAACACACUCCUUUAAAUUGAUGACAAGAAGAAUCAUGGUCAGUGGUCUCUUCGCAUGUUUUCAGCCGCUGCCACAGUCAUUUCAUUGAAUGUUGACGAGGCAGGACGGACUCACUGUAGGUUCUUUUCACAAACAAGGGAGGUCCUCUGUGAUCUCUGUGUUCUGUAAAUAGAUUUGCAAGUGGCUGACACCGGGGAGUGUAGGCAAACAUGGGAAACCGCUUUUACAUACAGAGUGAGUGUGAUCUGUCAGAGAGGACAGCUCUUCCCUGUUGUCUUUCCUUCAUCUCUCUGAUCAAACAGUCAGGGUUAGCGAUGCCAAACAAACUUUUACUGAAGAAGCAAAUGUUACUUGUUUUAUUUGCCGUGACCAGUGUUACCGUUUUGAUUCUCCAUCUGAGUCCCUGGAGCAGGUGAGUGACCACACUAUCUGUCUAACUAUCUAUCCAUUAGUCUGUCUGUCUAACAAAAGGCUAGUAGUCCAGAACAGGAGACUGGUUGGUUACCAGAUCUUAGACAAGGAUCUGAAUCAGAAAACAAGUUCUAUAAUGUGUUCAUGGAAGUGAAGACGCUGUGACAGAGAAGAAUCAGAAGGAGAAGAAUCAAGACUCAAUGAAUCAAUGCAUUCCGCAGCUGAAUGUACAGGUAGAUUAAAGAUCAGUGGUGCAGAGAGAACAGUCGUGUGCUUUACUAGUAAACAGCACACGACACUAAGUGUCGCCUAGUUUUUCCGUCAUUUCAUUGUGCUUAUUAAAAUAAAUCUAAAUAAAUUAAAUGAAAAUAAAUCAUGUCUGUGUAAAAACAGAGGCUGACAGAGGAAUGUUGUUUAACAAGCAUGGAAGAAGAUUCUGUGACGUGUCAGGCAGAGUAGUGUGUCUCUAGGUGUGCUCCAAACAUCACAAACACCACUAUGACUUGUAGUACAAUAGCGUAAGCAAAUGAAAAGAUAGCAAAUGAGCAACAGAACAGGAAAAAAAAGGUCUUGGACAUUUAGACUUUUGUCACAUUUCUUCAAUUUUGUUUACCUCCCACAGCCUCAGCGAUGUUAACAGAAAAAAUAAAGAAGAAGCACAUAUUUUUUGUUUUGUUUGGAAUCUGCAAUGUUUUCCUUUUGAUACUUCAUUUUAACCUCUGGAAGAGUGGGAUAACGACCUUUGACCUGGGUUGCCAUGGUUUCCACAGCAGCCCUCCCCAAAACCUCUUACCUAAACACACCAACAUAGUCUUCCUAAAGACACACAAAACAGGCAGUUCUACCAUGCAGAACUUGUUGUUUCGCUUCGCAGAGCGCCACAACUUGACAGUGGCAUUGCCUGUAGAGUACUGUGGCCACCUGUUUUGCUACCCCAGUCUCUUCAACUCUAAAUUUGUUCAUCAACACACUGUGCCACCAAACAUAAUCGCCAGCCACUUGCGAUUUAAUAAGAAGGAGCUGCAGCGUCUGAUGCCGAAGGACUCAGUAUACAUCACAAUACUGCGAGAGCCUGGCUCCAUGUUUGAGUCCUCGUUCAUAUACUUCAACCAGCUAAGCCAGAGUUUUAGGAAGGUCCCCAAAAGCUCCUUGGAGACAUUUUUAGAUGACCCGUUGCGUUACUACCAACCCAGUGAACAGUACUCUAUGUGUGCACACAACAUGUUGACCUUUGAUUUGGGGGGAGAAAAAGAUCGAGCGUCGACAGAUGCGGCAUAUGCAGAUGCCUUUGUAGCAGAGGUGGAGAAAACGUUCUCCCUUGUUAUGAUUACUGAGUACUUUGAUGAGUCACUUAUUCUUCUUCGCCAUCUUCUCUCCUGGGAUCUGGACGACAUUCUCUAUCUUGAACUUAACAUGCGCAGCCCAAGCUCAAAGCAGAGCUUGACGUCUGAGCUCACUGAGAAGGUUCGGACCUGGAAUUCCCUGGAUGCACGUCUCUACGACCACUUCAACGCCUCACUGUGGCGCCAGCUGUACGCUUUGGGACCAGCCUGUGUGGAAAUGGAGAUCCAAACGCUUCGGCAGGCUCGGGAAAAUCUAAUGAAAUCCUGUUUUGGUGAGGAAAUGCCAAGUCUCCGUUCAGCAGCAGAAAUUAAAAACAAAAGACUUCGUCCCUGGCAGCCUGAUGGAAAAGGCAUGAUUAUGGGGUAUGACCUACCAGAACACCUGCCCGACUCUACUCGGCAACUCUGCCUAAAGCUCGUUAUGCCAGAGAACCAGUACACAAAUGCCCUCCUGAACUCCCAAUCUCAGCGCUACAAGCUAAGGGUCAGUACUCAGCAACCAUAAGUGCACCGAGCCAACAGCCUGCUGUGGUAACACAAGUCGCCUUAGGAACAGCACUGUUAAAAAUAUCUCCCUGGUUCAACUUAAAAUCACAAGUUAACCAGCUGCCACAAACUUUUAAGUUUAUUGAAAUCCUUAUUUUAAGUUCUGUUAAGCUUUAAAUUGCCUUCUGUGAGUCAACAUGACUGUACAGUUAUUGUUGUUUCAACUAAGCUGUGAACGUUCAGAACAAAGCGAACUCGAUUAUGAGCAGUGUUCACUUAUCGCCAGUAGUGCUGUAGUGUUUUAUUCAUCAAUAUAUCUUCAGUACACUUACCCUGAUAACUGGGUUCAAUCUUGUAAUCUCAAUUAAAUAAUGUCUUAACAAGUAAAUUAUCUGAAAGAAUGUCUUGUUUUCACUUUUUUUUAUUACAACUAUUAUAACCAAUGUCAAAAUACAGACACAUACAACAGACAGGCAGAAGCACCAAAGAAACACAGAGCGAUGCAUACAACACCAAAAUAAA